AUGACAGUAACUACUGCCAAUUCUUUAAGAGAAAAUUCAAUAGUGAACGAAAUAUUCCUCCCUUGCAAGGAGGUAUUCGUCAUAAAUCCACUGAAACCAAGGAAGAAGAUUCGAGCUUUAAUUCUGUUGGACACGAGAGGCCAACAAUCAUAUAUUUCAGAAACAUUACGAGAAAAUUUGCAGCCUGUAGCAAGAGAACAACAAACAAUUACUGUAUCAAAUAAUGGUAAAUACGAUGACAAAGCUGAUGUCGCAAAUGAAAUAUAUGCAGUUGAAAGGAUAUCAAUCUUCAAGAACGGAAGAUAUAAUAAAAUGGCGAAACCCGAUAUAUUGACAGGCUCAGAUUAUUAUUUCUCUCUUAUGAGAUCAGGCAUAAAGGACGCGAGAAAGGACUCUGGCGAACAUGUAACUGACUCACGUAACCUAACAGAACAAGAUCUGUCGCAGUUCUGGGCUCUAGAAGCUAUUGGAAUCGCAGACCCAAUUGACUUCAUUGAUGAUGAAGAAGCAUAUGAACAAUUUGAAAAAUCAGUCAGAAGAAAUGAGGAAGGAAGAUAUGCCAUAUUAUACCUUGGAAAAUCAAAUUUUGGUCUUAUUUUUGGUAGAUUGACAUCCAUUUGGAAUAAACUGCUAAAGGAUACAAGCCUGAGACAUCAAUAUAACCAAAUAUUUAAGGAGCAAUUGGAUGAUAAGAUAAUCGAACCUGCUCCUUCAGAAACACCGUUCUUACGUAUUAUAUUCCACAUCUUCCUCGGCAGUAGGAAAGGUUAUUCGUUAAACGAUCAACUGUAUAAAGCUCUACUUCUACUCCACACCUGGCUGGAAUUAUUUAUUCUAAUGGCAUAG